AUGGGUACCGCUACUGGGUACGCGCUCGUCGCGUUGUUGGCAAGUGUUUGCUACGUAAGCGCAGCAGUUUGCACAUCAGUACCCGAUGUAAUUACACAGUCCGUUCAAUCAGUUGCAACACCAAAAGGCAAAGUCUACGUAUACAAAUAUUUCGCUUCUGUAGUGGCUGGUCAAAACGAACCCGACGCUUUCGCGUCUAAGUUACAAAUUAACGCACGGUUGGUUUUCAAAAGCCAGCUGAACGCAGCCUAUCUCAAGUUUUACGAUGUUCAGUUCAAUAUUUAUAAUGGACGCGACGAUAGCACAGCUGAAGGAAAGUUUUAUCCUAUCGAGGAAGCCAUUGAAUAUUUCCAUCAGCCCGUUAUGGUGGUAUACAACGAGCAACACGAGGUUGAAGGAGUUAAAUUCCAAGAAAACGACGCUACAUGGUCAAGAAAUAUGAAGAAAGGUUUGGUGUCACUCUUCCAUCCGGUACAUAUUAACAAUGAAACGUUUUAUCAUCGAUUUUGUUACCACCAGGAUACCGUGUACGGAAAAUGCAACGUCGAUUACUUGGUCUACAACAAUGGAGAGAAGGACAAAAUUCUUGAACAGAUGUAUGAGCCAAGGAAUUGCAGUAAAUUCGUGCUUUUCGAUGUUACGGAUUCUAAGAAUGAAGAUUGUAAUGUUCCGGCAGAGGAGGAUCUUGUCACAGCUGUCAAGAAAGUUUAUACUUAUGGUUCAAUCAAAGAUGUGGCUGAUUAUGUACUCAAGAAGGUCGUCUCUAAUGAGAAAUUUAGCUACUUGCCGUGGUCUCACAAUAAUUACGGAGUUCAGUUUAUCGAGACAAACCAAACCAUUGAGUUGGAGAAAGUUGCCGAUGAGUCGGAAUAUGACUUAUCUGCAACCAAAUUUGAUGACGUCAAACUUUCAAAUUUAACUUUCGACAAACACGAAUACAUACCAAACAUCAGCUCAGCUGAAGAAAUUCAUUUAGGCCGUUAUCAAGUCGAUUCAAAGGAGACUCUCGUACCAAUUGUUAAAAAAUUGUUGGUCGAUAUGGUUGGAUUUUUGAAAGAAAAUCAGUUAGACGUCGAAGAAAAAAAUCCAGAGCAAAAGUAUUUACUUGAGACUCUUUAUCGAUAUCUCGGUUACAUGGACAAAGAAUCAUUGCGUUAUUUGUUCGAUCACUUUAAUAUACACUCAGAAAAAGGAAAUAUGACAAGAAAAAUCUUUCUUCGUAUGCUCCCGCAUGUGGGUACUCAAGCUGUAUGGAAAGUAGUACUGGAUAUUAUUAAGGACGAACAAGUAUAUUUUAAACUCGACGAAGAGACAGUAAUACAUAUAUUGACGAAUUUGCCAAUGUUCGUUCUGAAUCCUACUGAAAAAUUCGCUAAACACGUGAUUGAAAUGAAAAGUUUACCGGAUCAUGUAAGUUACAAAGUGAUGAGAGCCGGUGUACUUUGUUACUCGAUUUUGCUGCAUAAAGUUUACAAAUCCGUCAAGGAUGACGAAAUUCCAUAUGCAUUAGAAGCACAUCUUCAAUAUUACUACGAUCGUAUUAAAUAUGAAAAUACCUAUAAUAAUAAAAUUCUGUACAUGAUGGCAAUGAGAAAUGUUGGAGUAGGUAUCUACAAGUACCUAGCUCCAAUUAUCAAGGGGGAAGACAUAUUCUACGUCGAUGUAACGAUUAAAAAGCGUGAAAAAUAUCGAAUUGCUGCGAUGUGGGCAGUCGCUAAAUCUAUUAGUCAGGAUUAUGAUAAAACUUACGACCUGUUCUGGCCAAUUCUUUCUAACAGUUCGAAUCCACUAUCAUUACGUAUCACUGCUUACGAACUUUUAGUAACAAGGAAUCCAAAGUUAAAUAUGAGGAUUCUCUUGAACGUUCAUGAUCUUAUGGAAAAUGAACGCGAUGAACAUUUGUUCAACUACCAUUAUACAACUUUGAAGUCUAAUGUAGAGUCGACAAAUCCGUGCAUGCAAGUUCAUGCUAAGAAUAUGAAAAAGAUUUUGCGUUUGACAAAGCCACAUAAAGUUCUUAGUUCUACCUUAUCCACCGUUAACGUGCAUGAUUAUUAUGAUACUGUGUAUGGGCAUGGUAAAAUAUUCAAGAUAGCUGCUGAAAUUAAUGAAGCUACGGGAUUGCCACAAACUGGUUAUUACGAAGUUAUUUCUACUUACUUGAGGAAACCGAAACUUACUACCGGAUAUUAUUGGAAUAUCGACGGAAUCAAUUUCAACAGUGUCAUGCAGAUAACAAAGAAUUUAUUAGAUUCAUCAGUAAAUAUUCAUAUGGAAAUAACGGAUGAAAAAGUUCAAACAAUCCUUCGUCAAACCCAAGGAUAUAAAAACUUUGACAAGCAUAUCCACGUAGAACUUUGGACAAUGUACAAUGGUUAUGUAACGAAUGUCCAAGUAUUCUUUGAGAACGGCCUGACCGACUACAUAAGACAGCUUUAUAAUCAGUAUAAACCAGAUGCCGAUCAGUUAAUGGAUCUUAAAGAGAAAUACAACAUUAAUGUAGUUGACAUAUCGUUCGCUAACCAUUAUAAGAUGGUUGUCGUCAGUGGAAUUGGAUUACCUAUAAUGUUCUACAACGAUGCUCCUUAUAUGAUGUAUACGAAAAUAAAACCUGACUUUUUCCCACAGAAGAAUACUUUGGCUAUGAAAGUUGAAGUCGAUUCGAGGUUCCAUAGAAGCAGCAUUUACCAAAUGAAGUUCUACAAUCCCUUUGCUGACAUUACUCAAUCUGUUCAGAGACAUACUGUUACGGCUGGUGCUUUACCGAUCGAUGUGACAUUCAGCUUACAAAUGUCAGCUCAAAGUCUUAAAUUGGAACUGCCAAGAUUGGCUAAACGAUCUUCGGCAGCUGGGUUGAAGAUACAAACUGUUGAUCAGGUCGUUAUCCUUAAAGAUGUUUUUAAAAACUAUUUGCAAACUCAUUGUCCAACCUGCCAGAAUAUUACGGUUAUUACCAAUGGUCCAACAUUCAAGAAUAACAAUUUGCAAGUUAUACAAAACUUGGAUUCUGGAAUGGAAUUCACUUACGGUAUGUUCGAUUGCGAACAUAACUUUGAACCUAAUGCAGAAAUGCAAGAAUGGUACAGGAUUUUCUAUUCGCCAAAGAAUAAUCGAAAGGCGGAUUUUGUCUUUAAAUUGUUCAUGAUUGUCCAUCAAGGUAUGUUCAAUUACGUGAACAACCCUUACACAAGCAGUUGUGGGCUGAUUAUGAAAGUAGCACCAUCCACAGUACAUCCAGUAUCUUACGUUGAAAUGAAUUGGCGUGCUGGUGUACUUACGAUCGACAAGCAAACAGUACUGACACUUCGUGGAAACGUCGAGGUCAAAUCUGCAACAACUAACGAUACUAUAAGAAAUUGGGAGAUAGAUAUAAGCUCAGAAGUAUUACAGUAUGUAAAUGCUUUCAAAGUAAAACUUACUAGAAAAAUACCGGAUGAGAAGAAUCUUAAGAUUUGCUUCGAAGCUAUUAAAGCUUAUCCCAAACUCAAUACUAAUAUCUCAAAUAUAGAGUAUAAAACAGUUAGCAAGGUGUCCUUAGUUGCCGGUUAUACCGAUGAUGAUAAUUGCGUGACAGAUCAAGUUAACAUCAAAGCUAAAAUCGUUGGUGAACGAUUGGAAGAACAAAUUGAACAUUUAAAAAAUUAUGCGAAACCUGGUUCUUGCUUCAAAAAUGCUUCGAACCCUCUUGACUUAGAUAUCACUAAGUCUUUUGAUUGGAACUGCUUGUACCAAAUUGUUAAAGGUACAACUAUGAGGAAAUACUCGGCCGAUGUUUCAUACAAGCAGAUAUUCCUUGAAUACUAUGCCAAGUUGCAAUUGUUCGGAGACUGGGUACGUUCUUUCUGGAGUUCUCAAAUCACAUACAGAUCAGAGCAUACGGAAGAAGGACAUAUACAAAUUCACAUGGCUUAUCCGGCUAACAAGAAUUACGGUAACAUCACCGUUGUAAGUCCUCACUACACUUUGGAGUAUAUUGAUGUCAUUUACGAGCAGGAUAACGUUGAAAAACGACAAAAUGAUCUUGUUUUCGACAACAUUGCCUUCCCCAUCACCUUCUUGGGGGAUUUCUAUAAAAAUGAUGUCAGGCCAUGCAUCGCUCACGCUCACGAGUUAAUAAAUGAUAUGAACCAAAUGAUCCCAAUGGAAUUCAGAGAUUGGACUCUUAUGUCCGGUGACUAUGGGUUAAUGAGUUACGCCGUGUUCGUCAAAACUAUUGCCGACGACAAAGUCGCUGUUAGAGUAUACGUUCUGGAUCACGUUUUGGAAGUAACACCCAGCGAAUCUGAACCUAUCAUCACCUUGAAUGGUGAAGCUAUCGCUUACAACAAUACGAUAGCUGUGAAAAAUUCUAUCUUCGACAUAAGCACGAUAAAUAAAUUAAUCGUGGUGGAAACGAAGAAAACCUCAAAGGUUAAAGUGUACUACACUCCCUAUAAUGUGAUCGUGAUUCCGCACAUUACACUUGACAGAAGCAUUGACGGUAUUUGUGGGCACAUGGGCAUGACUGUGUACACUCAACAAGUACCAUUAGUGUAUACUAGUACUUAA